AUGCAUGCCGAAAGCAAAGAAUAUGAUUAUAACUAUUUUCAAGAAUUUAAAGUGAAUGAAGAGGAGGAUGAUACUAAGAACAUAAAGUCUAAUUAUGCUCCAAAGUAUUCUGUACCCAAAGGAAUGACAACGCCAUCUGAUGAUCGUGUCGAUGAGAUUAUCGAACGUACUGCUAAAUUUUUAAAUUCUAGCACCGAUAGCCAGAUGGAAAUCGUCAUUCAGGCUAAACAAGCCAAUAAUCCAAAGUUCUCCUUUUUGAACAAAGAUGAUCCAUUAUAUCCUUACUACAAACAUGUACGUUUGUUGUUACAAACCGGUCUUUUUUCAUAUGAAGAUAGUGACAAGGAAGAUAACAAUAAGCCUGGCAAUAGACCCUAUAGAAAUAUUGGAAAAAAUAUUGUCAGACAAUAUAAAGGGGAUAACUUAAAAUCACGCAAAGAUAGCAAUAACGAUAAUGAUUAUUUGAAAUCUACUGAUUCCAAAGGUGCAACUAUCGAGCUAAAUUCCUCUGGUGUUAAUGCUGAGGACUCUAACACCGUUAAGUCUUCGAAACCUCAUUCUCAGCCUAUUGGACCUGUUAUGUAUGUAUACGUCUGUCAUUCAUUUGGUCCAUUACUUUUUAUUAAUUUAUUUAUUGAUAUAAUUAUUAGUGUACCACCACCAGAUCUCAAAAUUAUAAUUGAUAAGAUGGCUACAUAUGUUUCCAAGAGUGGUGAAUCUCUUGAAGCCAAAGUUCGUGAAAAACAUAUAGAUGACCCUCGUUUCAGUUUUCUACUGCCUUGGAAUGAGUUCCAUUCUUAUUAUAGGCAAAGAAUUCAACAUGAAAAGGCAGCCGAGUAG